AGUGCACGCCGGGCAAGAGGAAGACCUCCAGAGGCUCCCCGCGCAGCGCGGCGCUGUUUGCGGCCUGUGCGAGGAGGCUUUUCGGAACCCGUCUCCCUCACGGGCGGCACCCCGAUAUUUCGAACCGGUGAAAUCCACUCGUCCCUCGGAGCCCGAAAGACUGCGAAAACAGUCCCGAUUUCUUAGCGGCAGACUGCUGCAGUGAGAAUGUCUUUCCCCCCUCACUUGAAUCGCCCUCCCAUGGGGAUCCCAGCCCUCCCACCGGGGAUCCCACCCCCACAGUUUCCUGGCUUUCCUCCACCUGUACCUCCAGGAACCCCCAUGAUUCCUGUGCCAAUGAGCAUUAUGGCUCCUGCUCCAACUGUCUUGGUGCCCACCGUGUCCAUGGUUGGGAAGCAUUUGGGCGCCAGAAAGGAUCACCCCGGCUUAAAGGCUAAAGAGAAUGAUGAGAACUGCGGCCCUACCACCACCGUCUUUGUGGGCAACAUUUCUGAGAAAGCCUCAGACAUGCUCAUAAGACAGCUCUUAGCUAAAUGUGGUUUGGUUUUGAGCUGGAAGAGAGUUCAGGGUGCAUCUGGAAAACUACAAGCUUUUGGAUUCUGUGAGUAUAAGGAGCCUGAAUCUACACUUCGUGCACUCAGAUUGUUGCAUGACCUGCAGAUUGGAGAGAAGAAGCUGCUUGUUAAAGUUGAUGCAAAGACGAAGGCACAGUUAGAUGAAUGGAAAGCAAAGAAGAAAUCUUCCAAUGGGACUGCCAGGCCUGAAACUGUCAGUAAUGAUGAUGAAGAAGCUUUAGACGAAGAAACAAAGCGAAGAGAUCAGAUGAUUAAAGGGGCGAUUGAAGUUUUAAUUCGUGAAUAUUCCAGUGAGCUAAAUGCCCCCUCCCAGGAAUCUGACUCUCACCCCAGGAAGAAGAAGAAGGAAAAGAAGGAGGACAUCUUUCGCCGAUUUCCAGUGGCCCCUCUGAUCCCUUAUCCGCUCAUCACAAAGGAGGAUAUAAAUGCUAUAGAAAUGGAAGAAGACAAAAGAGACCUGAUAUCCCGAGAGAUCAGCAAGUUCAGAGACACACACAAGAAACUGGAAGAAGAGAAAGGCAAAAAGGAAAAAGAAAGACAGGAAAUUGAGAAAGAACGGAGAGAAAGAGAGAGGGAGCGUGAAAGGGAACGAGAAAGGCGAGAACGGGAACGAGAAAGGGAAAGAGAACGUGAACGAGAGAAGGAGAAGGAACGGGAGCGGGAACGAGACCGGGAUAGGGACCGGGACCGGACCAAAGAGCGAGAUCGGGACCGGGAGCGCGAGCGAGAUCGGGACCGGGAUCGAGAACGGAGCUCGGAUCGAAAUAAGGAUCGCAGUCGGUCGAGAGAAAAGAGCAGAGACCGUGAAAGGGAACGGGAGCGGGAACGAGAAAGAGAGCGGGAACGGGAGCGAGAACGAGAACGAGAGAGAGAGCGAGAGCGGGAACGGGAGCGAGAGAGGGAGAAGGACAAGAAGCGAGACCGAGAAGAAGAUGAGGAAGAUGCAUAUGAGCGAAGGAAGCUUGAAAGAAAACUCCGCGAGAAAGAAGCUGCUUACCAAGAGCGCCUUAAAAAUUGGGAAAUCAGGGAACGCAAGAAAACUCGGGAAUAUGAAAAGGAGGCUGAAAGAGAAGAAGAAAGGAGAAGAGAGAUGGCAAAGGAAGCUAAGCGACUAAAAGAAUUCUUAGAAGAUUAUGAUGAUGAUAGAGAUGAUCCUAAAUAUUACAGAGGAAGUGCUCUUCAGAAAAGGCUGCGUGAUAGGGAAAAGGAAAUGGAAGCUGAUGAGCGAGAUAGGAAGAGAGAAAAGGAAGAGCUUGAGGAAAUCCGGCAGCGUCUCCUGGCAGAAGGACACCCGGACCCGGAUGCAGAGCUCCAGAGGAUGGAACAAGAGGCAGAGCGACGCAGACAACCACAAAUUAAACAAGAGCCAGAAUCAGAAGAGGAGGAGGAAGAAAAACAAGAAAAAGAAGAAAAACGAGAGGAACCUAUGGAAGAGGAGGAGGAACCGGAACAGAAACCUUGUCUCAAACCUACUCUGAGGCCCAUUAGCUCUGCCCCAUCAGUCUCCUCUGCCAGUGGCAAUGCGACUCCCAACACUCCUGGGGACGAGUCUCCCUGCGGGAUUAUCAUUCCUCACGAGAACUCACCCGACCAGCAGCAGCCCGAGGAGCACAGGCCAAAAAUAGGACUAAGUCUGAAACUGGGUGCUUCCAACAGUCCUGGGCAGCCGAAUUCUGUGAAGAGAAAGAAACUAGCUGUAGAUAGUGUGUUUAACAAAUUUGACGAUGAAGACAGUGACGAUGUCCCCCGAAAAAGGAAGCUGGUUCCCUUGGAUUAUGGUGAAGAUGACAAGAAUGCCACCAAAGGAACUGUGAACACUGAAGAAAAACGUAAACACAUUAAAAGUCUUAUUGAGAAAAUUCCUACAGCCAAGCCUGAGCUCUUUGCUUAUCCACUGGAUUGGUCAAUUGUAGAUUCUAUACUGAUGGAACGACGAAUUAGACCAUGGAUUAAUAAGAAAAUCAUAGAAUACAUAGGUGAAGAAGAAGCUACGUUAGUUGAUUUUGUUUGUUCCAAGGUUAUGGCUCACAGUUCACCUCAGAGCAUUUUAGAUGAUGUUGCUAUGGUACUAGAUGAAGAAGCAGAAGUUUUUAUAGUCAAAAUGUGGAGGUUAUUAAUAUAUGAAACAGAAGCCAAGAAAAUUGGUCUUGUGAAGUAAAACUUUCACAGUCGAAUUUAAUUUCAUAUUUCUUCUCACUCUUCAGAGGACUUUGAAUUUUUCUUUGUCUUCAAAGAUAUCUGUGAGAUUGUAAUUUUUUUUUUUUUAAUGUAGAAAAUGUGAAUUUUUUUGUCCUAAUUUGUUGGUGCCUUCUGCACUUCCUUGGUUGUAAAGUCAUCUGAGUCCUUGAUUCUCUUUAUACUCGCCAGGUACAAAUGACUGGUAUGUUUUAUAAGCCACAACUGCUGUACACAGCCUAUCUCAGAAUCUUGUUCUGCUGAUUUAUUCCUUGUACAUAUUGAAAUGACUUCCCCAGGGUUUUUUUUUUUUUUCAGAGUCACUUAAUGUUGAACUGUGCUAUAUAUAGAAGCCAAUAUGAACUAUUUUUAUUGGAUACCAAUGAAAUCUGUUACCACCUCACUCCCUCACCCCUUUUGAUCAAAACUGGCAAGCCCUCCUGAAGGCGUGGAAUUGAAAAUUAGAAUGCAGAGUUAGACAAUCCCCUCCUGUCAUAUUUAUCUUAGCGCGAGUGUAUGUGUAGAAGUCUGCCCUAAUUUGCUUUCAUUCCUGGUAACAUUUCGUAUUUGAAGAACAGUUAUAAAGUAACGUGACUCUGUGCCAACUCAAGUGUUUGCUGUAGUUGAUGAAGUUUGUUGGUUUGUCAGAGCAUGGUAUUUUCUGGUGAGCAACACUUUGGUGACAGGAGGUGGUUUCCCUAUUAAUGGCUGGCUGCUUCAACUUCUCUGUAAAAGAAUGUGAAUCUUCCCCCUCCUCCUAAUUUCAUUGCCUAGGGAAGAGGUAGAUCUAAAAAUUCUGGUAAUAUUAAUUAAUUUCAUGUCCUUAGUUUGAUUUUGAUAUGCUUUUUGUUUUUUAAAAAAUUUCUGGAUCCAUAAGUGAAAAGAAAACUAAUAAAAGAGAAAAUUAGGGAAGUUUUCAGACAAGUAGAGUUUGACCAAACAGUAGGAAUCCAAUUUGGCAAUUUGUAAUGUUUACAUCAUAUUUCCAAAGAAAAAUCAUUCAGGGCACUUACCAAGUAUUAACUAUUGUCUCAUCAAAGUUUCAGAGAAGACUGAUAACUUUCCAUGUUUAGAGACAUAUGUAGGGCUUUCUUUCAGAUAAUACAGCAGCAUUUCACUAGGGAGCAAAAUUACCUGAAAAUGUAUCAAGUUUCAAAUAGUUCUCAGCACAAAUUAGGUGCAGCUGUUCCCCUUGCCUUUGAAAGAAUGGUAAAAGCUGGCCUUAGAAAAUCUGUGAGCCUGAGUUACUGAUUUUUUUUUAAGCGUCUUCAGAGGAUAUUUGGAAAUAUUGUUCUUAACUUUGAGCCAUGACAUGGUUCCAUUAUGUAAAUAUUUCAAAUAUUAAAAUGUAUAUAUUUGAUCUUGGGGACUCAUUCUUUGAGAUUCUUGUAAAUAAAUGGCAUCAUGUUGAAAUUGUGUGGUGCGUACUACAAAACUUGAAAGUGUGGACUGAUAUGGAUUUGAUUUUUAUGACAUCAAAAGGUCAAAGAGGUCAUUUACCUUUUGAAUGAAUCUAAUAUGCAUCUAUGGAAAUACCUCUAAAUAUAAUGCUGUAACUUAAUUCUGGUUUCUCAAGGGGAAAUGUAACAUACUCCUUGAUAUUUACAAGUUUAUAUACUGGUCUUUUCCUUAGAUUCAUUCCCCAGCCAACUUCAGGUAAAUUUAAUUUCCUUUGCUGUUCCUUUCUUACACUCUGAUUUCUGUUUUAUAACUUAACAUGUCCAGGAGAUUUAAGCAUCUCCAGGCAAGUUUUUGGCAGGAUUCGAGUUCAUAUCCCAACAUCUCUUACAAGUGAGCCCAAGUGAUCACAGUAAAGCAAGUCUAGGAAGUUAACCUGAUGCCGUUUCCAAUCAACGGUUCGCUUCACGACGAGCCUGUCAGUUCUUAGAGCAUUUUUUUGGUUUUUUUUUCUCUUCUAGAAUUUUGUGCAAACAAUUGAACAUGUAUAAGUCAGUGUAUUCUAAUAUCUUGGAAAAUACACUUGAGAAAUUUCUAUUAAACCUCUUAAUUGUCUCGAUUAUGUUUACCAUAAGUUAAAACUGUAUGAAACUCCUAAAACACUCUUGACUCUUUUCAUUUACCCCUUAAAAAUGUUCUGUACAUUAUGUACAAGGAGGAAAGGUGAGUAUACAGCUGAAGUAGUUCUGCUUAGUGUACACCUGGAUUGCCUGGGCUGGGGGUCGGGGCUGUUGAAACAGACUUAGUGAUUUGGCAGGUUGGUUUUCUGAACCAGGCACUGCCAGGAAUAGCUGAUCCAGGAACUAAACUUGGACUCUUUUAAUGUGUCUGUUUAGAAUUAUUUUUCAUUGACAGGCUACUCACAUGCAUCCUUUUAAAAGAGGAUUUUUCAAGCAUACAUUGAUGUUAUGUUACAAUCCUAGACGUAAAAUGGGCUUUUUGAGUGGUGUCUGGUAGCAGCCCUGUUACGGCCGACUUGACCCGUGCCCUGACCCGUGUUUCCAGGUGGAGUCUUACCCAGGGCUUCCCUUCACCUGUAUGGAAGUGUUAGCUAGUGGCUGUGUGGAUUAAUAUUCAUCUGCAGUAAUGCCAGAUCUUGUGGCAAGGUGA